AUGGCUUUUCUAACAAACAAACAAGCCUCCUCUUCCUCCAUCACCCACCAAUACAAAUAUGAUGUGUUCUUGAGUUUCAGAGGGGACGAUACCCGCAUGGAUUUUACAAGCCAUUUGAAUGGCUUUUUGAAGUUGAAGGGUAUUCACACCUUCAUCGAUGAUGAACUCCCAAGGGGAGAAGAAAUUUCUAUUGAACUUCUCAAGGCUAUUAGAAGUUCAAGGAGUUUCAUAAUUGUAUUUUCUGAAAACUAUGCAUCUUCUCAUUGGUGCUUGGAUGAACUCGUCGAAAUUCUUGAGUGUAAGAAGAAUGGACAAAUGGUGCUACCAGUGUUUUAUAAGGUGGAUCCCUCAGAAGUACGUAACCAAAAGGGAAAAUUUGGAGAAGUUUUAGCAAAGCAUGAAGUAAAUAAUAUAAAGAAGGUGCAAAAAUGGAGGGAAGCUCUAAACAAAGUUGGUAGCAUAUCUGGUUUGACCUAUAAGGACAGGAAGAAUAAGGUUAGAGUGGGAUAUAAUGGAGGAAAGAGCCGAGUUUACAAUGAGAAGAGGAAAGGUUAA